CCAAUUCCACUAUUUUGCAAGACUCAAAUACAAAAGUCUUUGAAAAUGGCAUCAAACUCCAUCUCAUACAGCUCCACCACCUGCUCUUGGACAGCCAAGCAGAACAAGCUAUUCGAAACCGCCCUUGCUGUGUAUGAUCGCGACAGCGCUGAUCGGUGGCAGCUGAUCGCCAGGGCUGUGGGUGGCGGCAAGUCAGCGGAAGAAGUCAAAAGACACUAUGAAUUGCUUCUUGAAGACGUUAGGCACAUCGAGUCUGGCUACAUUCCUUCCCCCAAUUAUCGACGUUAGUCUGCAGCAUUCUAUUCUAUUCAGAUGUCUCGUGAAAGUUUGAGGAGUUAUUGCUCUAUGAAACAUAAAUGUACAGAAGAAUCGAAAUAAUGCAUUCCCGUAAAGUUCUAUUACAUGCGGUAUCAGUUAAUCAGACUGCUCUGUAUAAGAUUUACUGGGUUCGUUUGAUUAAACUUUUCUUAUGCAAUUUUAAUUGUUUGAUGUUAGUUCCAUUGUAUAGGGACCAGUUAUGUCUUUUACUCUUUUCUUAGCUUAGGUUUUGUUUCCCUUUUGUAAUCGUAACCUAUUUUAAUGAAUCAAUAAAACAAAGACUCAAUUUCGCCAUUUCA